CAGCAUCAGCACCACGGGAUCACGCGCGCUCGAUCACUCCCACAGCCUCCGGGGAGAAGAGCGGCUUAUCCGUUUCAAACCUGUUGAGCUUACUCUGAAACUGUUUGAAAAGCAGACGGUAGAUUUUGAUCGUGUCUCCGUAUACGGCGACGUUGUCUAAAACAGAACAUAACCUUCGAGCGAAAGAAGUUCGAGUCUACAAGUGACCAACUGGCAGGUACGUGAAUCCACAGCUGUUCAACAUAAUUUUGGACCAAUAUGGACGCGUUAAUGAAGGGGUUCUCGAAAGCCAAGGACGGGGUUGUGGCGGCGGCGGAGAUGACGAAGCAAGGGGUGACUGGAGCCGCUGAGAUGACAAAGGACGGUGUCAUCUUCGUCGGCACUAAAACCAAGGAUGGAGUGACAACAGUUGCAGGGAAGACUGUGUCUGGUGUGUCUCAGGUGGGCGGGGCUGUGGUAACCGGGGUAACAGCUGUGGCCCAUAAAACUGUGGAGGGGGCGGGGAACAUUGCCGCUGCGACCGGAUUGGUCAAAAAAGACCCGGCUAAACAGGAGGAGGAUGCUGGUGUGGAGAGUCCAGGGGAGCUGGCUGUGGCUGACAGUGGAGCCACUGUCCCAGAGGAGUCUGACUAGAGCUGACUGCCGGUCCAGAGAUGAACGGCUGACAUGUUCCAUGUCGCUCUGCCAAGUCCUGUCGUGCCUCGCUGUGGUCCUCUAUGGAGUCUGUACCCUGUGUCUGUGUGUGUGUGAGUGAGUGAGUGAGUGAGUGAGUGAGUGAGUGAGUGAGUGAGUGGGUGUCUCUGUGUGUGAGCAUGUGUGUAUGUCUGUGUGUGUUUGUGAGUCUAGUUUUGUGUGUCUCUCUCUCGCUCCGUCUCAAGGUCAAUAGUCAACAGUGAUGUCCCCCAACUGGGUCAGAUAGUAUUCCACUUGAUCUGUGUUUGACUGAGCUUUCCUGACACAAUGCAACCAAUCGACUGUCACUACUAUCCUCAUCCCUAGGCAGUCUCAAUCAAACACUCCUAAGGAUUGGAGGUUUCCUCUAGCAAUACUACCUGGCCCAGGUGUUCUAGGUCUCAAGAGCGCCCCCUGCAGACUGAGGUGCUAAGUGUGUGUGUGUGUGUGUCCCAACGAUCAGAGGGAACUAUCUGAGCUCAACCUAAUCUCCUACUUGGGAUCAAUGACGUCAAUACUACUACUACUGCUACUACUACUCAGAAGCCUAAACUGCCACAAGCACAAACUUGCUCCAUUAAAACGUAUGAACAAUUUGCUUUCUAGAUUUGAGAAAGGUAAGUAAAGGAAAAAUGACUUCCUGUCAGGGUUAUGUAUACUGUAUACUUUAUCGACAGGCCCCUCUUCAGACCAAUCAUAAUGUUGCAACCAUUCACUGUGUUCUAACCGAUCACAAUGAUGGUGAUUAAAUUGGUGGUGACCUAUCUUGACAAGAUAAACAAUCACCCACAAAGGCAGAAACUUCAAACAGAAACUUCAAACACCAGUUGAUUAUUUAAUGGGACAAGCUUGUGUUGAUGGUAGACUAGGGUUGAUGGUGAUGUCUAUUCAUGAGACAAGGGAAACGUGUGUCAAUGUCAAAAAGUACAUAGAAAUAUACUACAUCAAUGAUUACCUACUAAACCACCUAAGUGUCUAGUAUCCAUUUGAAAAUGAGAAAUAUAAACAAACUAUUUUUGUGUGUGAAGUGUCACUGUUUUAAUGGUGCUGAGGCAUUUGUGAAAUGUAUCAAGUUUAUUUGAAUAAAGUGUAUUUUUCUGAUCCUACAGUGCAGAGUAAAAUAGUGGAUGGAAAACACAAGCAUGAAACCAAAUGAUUGUGAUGAAUACUGUAUCGAUUUAUUUACCGUUUGUUAAAUGUUAAAUAAAGUACAAACUCAAAA